AUGAGAAAAAUUAUUUAUUAAAAACAAUAAUAAUCACAACAAGGAAUAUCAAACAAAGAAACAAGAUCUAUUUCAUCUGUGCAUUCUCGAGGAAUCAGCCAAUCUAAUUACAUUUUAACUUCUAGGCAAACUCCAUCAAAAUAUGUUAUUAAAAAACUUCAACCAAAACCUGAUGUUCCAAGUCUAAAAAUCAUUAAAAAUUAAACACAUAGCUAGUUAAAGCAUGAUAAUAUAAGCAUUCAAGAUGGAUAUAGUCCUGGAAUUUACUCUUAAAGAACCUCAAGUCAAUAUUAACAAAAUCUUAAUAGUUAUAUGUCCUCAAAAAGAUCAAUAUAUAAAUCAUGUAUUUAUUCAUUUAUACAAUCAUUAGAAUUAAAAUAAAACUAUGAAUCUUAAGUUUCAAUUUAUAAUAAAGCAUUAAAUUAGAUGAUUUAUAGAAAUGAUCAAAAAGAACUUAUGGAUUUUGAUAAUAGAUAUUAUAGAUGUGCAAGAUAGAGAAGAUUGAGGGAAAUCAUUUAGUUUUUAUUAAAAAAAUCUAAAGAAUUGUAAAUUUCCUUACAAGAUCUUAUUGAUAAUAAAAUUACAUAAAAUAAACCUUAUUAAUAAUAAGGAUCUUUUGCAUUUUUAUUUUAUGUAAAAAAGGGAGUAACAGAUAAAGUAGAAGAGAUGCUAGGUGUAAAUCCAUUGUAUGUACAUGAUUUUGAUGAAAAAAACAUGACAGCAUUACAUAUAGCAACUAAGAAAUAAUCAUAUAUUAUGAUUAAAAUAUUACUAUCAUAUGGUGCCAAUAUUUUAAGCAAAGAUUUAAAUGGAGAGUCUGCUCUAUCAAAUGCAAUUAAAUCAAAUCUCUAAGAUAUUGUUAAAGUAAACAUUCACUUUUAUAAUAAUUUUAGCUUUUUUUAUCUAUUUAAUGUCCAAAUGACAUUGAGUAUCUAAAUUACUCAAAAAUGGCCAAAAAUAAAUAAAUUAAAUAUUUACUAAAAAAUGCAAAGCUUUAAGAAUUAGGAAAUAGAUGCACAAAAUUAAAUUAAUUUAGUUUAAUUAAUAAUAAUUAUAUAUCAAAUCAUUGA